AAGUGAAGGCCAGACGUCUAUAUAGGUUUUCAGUUUUCAACCUACAGUUGUUUGGCAGAAUUUAUGCUGCUGCGGAUGGCCUCGAUCCCUUUUGAUGGACAGCUGAAAUUGACACUCUCACUACAUCCUUACCGGGGCACUUCAAGUCAUUACUAAUUGCAGGGAGCAGGGAGGUUUUUUGGUUUGGAUGAGGUAAGAUAAUUAUUUUCAAGGGUUCCAGGUUAAGAGCAGGAGUUAAUCGAUUCCAGUUCAGAGGUAAUUAGGGCCUGCUGAUGUAGCCAUGCAGUUUUCUCAUUGUUAGGGGCCUAUAAAACAGGACAGGCUUAAGGUGAGGCCAGAGAGCACCCAGCUGCUGCAGUGGCCAUCACCUUCAGAAAUGUCGAUCUCAAAUGGAACACACGACGGUUUGAAAGAAGAACCAUCGCCAGUAUCUUCAUUAAAUGAGGAGACUCCCAUCUGUGCUCGAUGUACACAGGAAAUACAGGACAGAUACUUGUUAAAGGUGAACGAUUUAACUUGGCAUAUAAAAUGUAUGAAGUGCUCCGUGUGCAGAACACCUUUACAUCAACACAACAGCUGCUACAUCAGGAAUCAGGAGAUUUUCUGUAAGAUGGAUUAUAACAGUACCUUUGGUAUUAAAUGUGCUUGGUGUGGCCAUCACGUCAGCGCUACUGACUGGGUCCGCAGAGCCAAAAACUACACAUAUCACCUGGCCUGCUUCGCAUGUUUCUCCUGCAAAAGACAGCUGUCAACGGGAGAGGAGUUCGGCUUAGUGGACAGCAGAGUUCUUUGCCGCAUACACUAUGACAUUGUGGUGGAAAGUGUGGCAGCAGAGCAGGGUCUAGAGGGAGCUUUAUCUUCGGACUACCUGUCGAAGCCUUCCAAAAGAGCCCGCACCUCCUUCACCCCAGAGCAGCUACAGGUCAUGCAAAUACAGUUCACCCAGGAUAACAAUCCUGAUGCUCAGACUCUGCAGAAACUGGCAGGCAUGACGGGACUGAGCCGAAGAGUUAUACAGGUUUGGUUUCAAAACUGCCGUGCAAGACACAAGAAGCACCCUGGCAUGACGCUGGAUGAGCUGCAUUACUCACCAUUCAGUAAACCAGAGUCAGCUCAGCUUGCAGCCAUGCCUCAGCACAUCAGCGAUCAGUUACUACCUACAGCCACCCAGAGCUUUGCCAUGAUGGUACCUUUCAGUUACCAGCAGGACAGCUCAUGCGUUGGAGAAGCAACACAAAGGGAGCAACAUGAUUGA